UUACAUUCGUAGUCUGCUGCUACCAAUCUGUGUUAUCUUUGAAGCAGACGAAAUAAAUAAGUCAAAACAUGGUUUCAUAAUUUAUCAGUAAAGUGCAUACUUUUUCUUAACAAAAAUGGAUUUUGAAAUUAACAAAAAACUCCUUCCUAUGAAGGCCCAUUACUUCUUUUUCAAUGCCGGCCUCGCUCCUAUCAUGCCAUUUAUUCCUACUUACGCCCGGCAAUUAGGCGUAUCUCAAGUUGGAGUUGGUUUGAUGUACACGGUUUUUCCAUUUGUUGGGCUACUAGCAAAACCGCUAUUUGGCACUAUUGCAGAUAAGUUUAGAAUCGGCAAACAAAUCUUUAUUACAGCUAUCAUUUGUGCUGCUAUAUUCUUUACAAGUAUUUAUUUCAUCCCUGCCAAACCUACUGAGGCAUUGAUGGAUUUUGAUUGCAAUUUAAUGACAAUAUUGAAAACAUGUGAAGUCAGUGAUAACUGUACACUUACAAGAAUUAAUUUAGAAAAUCCAGACAUGAUGUCUACUUUGGAAUGCACACUUAUUUGCAAUAAUCCUAACAGUCAAUUUCUUGAAGAAAUGUGUUCAACAUGGAAUGUCAGUGAUGUCUGCAACACAAACCUUACAUCAAUUGAAAUGAAAACUUAUUCUAACAUGAGCAAAGCUCUCCUGGAAGAAUCAUCUUGCCUUUACUUCCCUGUAGAAAACUUAUCUUUUAAUGGGACUAAAGUCGAAAACCCAUACUGUAAAUCUUCUACAUCAAUGAAGUGCAAUACUGUCUGCAAUAGUGCCACUGUAAUGAGUUACAUCCAGAAACCUAUAACAGAAACUUCACAGGAACCAUACUACUCAACAAUUCAGUUCCAAAUGCUGUUUGGUCUUAUGAUUGGAGCUUGGGCUAGUACUGCUGUUGUUACUAGUUUAGCGGAUAGCAUCUGUUUCAAUUUGUUGGGAAGCAAACCGCAUGACUAUGGAAGACAGCGAUUAUGGGGGGCACUUGGUUGGGGUAUAUCCGCAAUUUUUGCCGGAUAUCUCAUUGAUUCCGUCAGUCAUGGAGAAAAUAUAAAAAAUUACACUCCAAGUUUCAUUUUAGUAUUUAUUAUGCUAACAGUGAAUACUAUUUCGGUAUCAAAAAUUAAGAUUGACUAUCGCCAAGAACCUUAUGCUUUUGCAAAAGUCGCGUCACUUUUCAAAGACGUGAAAGUUGUGCUUUUUUUACUCAGUUGUAUCACAUUUGGGAUUUGCAUUGGGUCCAUCUGGCAAUUCCUUUUUUGGUAUUUAGAGGAUAUGGCGUCUUCUCAAGGAUGCGAUUCGCUGGAAUGGAUUAAGCUUUUGGAAGGUUUAGCCAUGGGCAUCCAGUGUUUUGCUGGAGAGGCUCCGUUUCUGUUUUUGUCUGGAUGGUUCUUGAACAAACUUGGCCACGUUCACACUAUGACGAUGAUUUUGUUAGUUAUGGGCUUUCGCCUUAUUUGCUAUUCUCUUUUAACAAAUCCUUGGCUCACGCUUCCGAUUGAACUGUUGAACGGAUUAACGCUCGGCGUAUAUUGGUCAACGAUGACAUCGUAUGCCUACCUAAUAGCUCCACCUGGUGCUGGAACCACUUUGCAGGGUAUAUUUGGAGCUUUGUUUGAAGGCAUAGGAACCGCAGUCGGAAGUCUUUUGGGUGGUUUCAUUUUCCAAAACUAUGGGGGUGCUAUUAUGUACCGCUCAUUUGGAAUUUACACACUUAUUUUCGGUAUCUUGUACUCAUCAAUUCACGCCUUUAUGGAUCGGAAAAAAACAAUGACACGCAAAGAAUUCGCAGCUGGCAUUGAAGAUUAUUCAAGCACAGAGUCCUACAGCCGUGUGAACCAAGCUCCAGAUGAUCAACUGUAAAACUAGAACAAAUUGUAGGAGUGUCCUUUUUUCUUCGCUACUAGCGCUAGCGGAUACCCUACUGUCAUUGGUGACCAAGAGCGCUGAACUCGAAAUAAUCCGGAAUCACCACUCGUGAUCUCCAUAUCUGCCUGCGUCUUUUACCACGCGCACGUAAAGGGAACACAAGUAGUUUAUUAUUUUCCAUAGUGUUAACAUUCAUAUCAAGAGGGACUAAACUAGCUUAAUUCAAACAUUGAAUGUUAUCGUGUAUUUUAUGAGCGUUUAGUACAACAUUUACUUCACAAUUUA